UUGGUUUGCUUGUCCCACCACCACUUCUGCUCUCUCUUUCUCUCUCAUACACACACAACACAAAACACAAGUUGCCACUUUCUCACUUCUGUGGCGGAAACAGAACCUGAGAAAACAAACCAAACCAGAAAAAAGAAAUGGCAUUGAGGCUUAACGCCGUCGAUUUUCACAGACCAAAAUGCCCUUGUUUUGCUCUCCCAACAACCGCCAGCCUCAGAUCUCCUAGUUUUUUCAUGGCUUCCACUCUUCGCUCUGCUUCCAAGGAAGUCGAGACAGUGAAAAAGCCGUUCAGCCCUCAACGCGAAGUCCACGUUCAAGUCACACACUCGAUGCCACCUCAGAAAAUCGAGAUCUUCAAAUCCAUGGAAAACUGGGCCGAAAACAAUCUAUUAAUCCACCUCAAACCCGUCGAGAAAUGCUGGCAGCCUCAAGAUUUCUUACCGGACCCUUCUUCCGAUGCAUUUCACGACCAGGUUACGGAAUUACGAGAGAGAGCGAAGGAAAUCCCGGAUGAAUAUUUUGUUGUUCUAGUUGGAGAUAUGAUCACCGAAGAAGCACUGCCCACGUACCAAACGAUGCUUAAUACGUUGGACGGCGUGAGAGAUGAAACGGGAGCGAGUCCAACUCCGUGGGCGAUUUGGACGAGGGCGUGGACUGCUGAAGAGAAUAGGCAUGGUGAUCUUCUUAAUAAGUAUUUGUAUCUAUCUGGAAGGGUUGAUAUGAGGCAGAUUGAGAAGACUAUUCAGUACUUGAUUGGCUCUGGGAUGGAUCCAAGAACAGAAAACAACCCAUACCUCGGAUUCAUCUACACAUCAUUCCAAGAAAGAGCUACCUUCGUCUCUCAUGGAAACACCGCCAGGCUGGCAAGAGAGCACGGUGACAUAAAGCUCGCUCAAAUAUGUGGUACAAUAGCUUCCGACGAAAAACGACACGAAACUGCAUACACCAAAAUAGUCGAAAAAUUGUUCGAAAUCGACCCAAAUGAAACCGUGAUUUCUUUUGCCGAUAUGAUGAGAAAGAAAAUAUCAAUGCCGGCCCACUUAAUGUACGACGGGCGUGACGAUAAUCUUUUCGAUCACUUUUCGUCUGUGGCUCAAAGACUCGGUGUAUACACAGCUAAAGACUAUGCGGAUAUUCUAGAACAUUUAGUUGGUCGAUGGAAAGUGGAGAGUUUAACGGGAUUGUCUUCUGACGGGGCGAAGGCGCAGGAUUACGUGUGUGGACUGCCACGGAGGAUCAGAAGGUUGGAGGAGAGAGCUCUUGGACGAGCCAAGCAAGCACAGCGGGUCCCGUUUAGCUGGAUAUAUGAUAGAGAUGUGCAACUCUAAUUAAGGUAAAUUAAUGAUUUGGAUAAGCUUUUUGCUUCGUGUGUGUGUGUGUAUUGGUGAGGAAAACGAAAUUGCAAUGUAGGUUUAUCGCGAUUCAAAUUCGUUGUUUCUUUUUUUUUUUUUUUUGUUUCUAUUGUUUAUGUUAGUAAAUCUUUAUAUAGGCAGUUAUAGUUAUAUAAUGUCAUUUUGAUGUGUUUUGGUGUGUGUGUGUUUCUGUAAAAAUGCAACUGCUGACAAUUAUUGAUUUUUUUCCUUCA